GGUUUGAACUCAGUGGAGUGGAGAAAAAGGAGAGAUACCAAGUUUUAAUGUUUUAGCGUAGAAAACAGACAGUUUCUUAAUAUAAAUGUAUGAAGAAGCGCUUAAAAAGAAACAAGAUAAGACAAACCUUUUUUGAAAUAUGACCAGCAAACUUUCUGGGUAAGUUUUUGGGGGGAGACGUUAAGAUUGACGGGGCUGUCCGUUAUGUUCAACAUGGAUGUCCAGGGAGCAACGGUGAGGCUUUGAAGAAGAAUUAAGGUCGUUUCUCGGUUAUUUUUGGUCGAGAAUUCUUCUGACGGACCUAAGCAGGAUUCAGAGUAGGCUUAAAUCUAGGUUUGUGUGUGAACCCUUGAGACAGACCAAUACAAAAGAUGUUAAGACUGUGGAGGCGAGACGUGCCCCUAUCAGAAAGGUUGGGUGAAGACUCUCCUCUAGCAGCAGCGCCCAGUUCUUCAUCCACAGCAUCACCUAUGGGUCCCAACAUCUCAUGGCUUCCUGAAGCACCACUGCUAGGUCAGGAGCAGCCUAUCUUCCUCAUGACUCCUGCAGCACAGGCUGUGUCUGGUUUCUUUGUAUGGACUGCACUCAUCCUCACCUGUCACCAGAUCUAUAUGCAUCUACGUUUCUAUAGCUCACCAAGAGAGCAGCGUCACAUUGUGAGGAUCCUCUUCAUCGUUCCAAUUUACGCCUUCGAUUCCUGGCUCAGCCUGCUCUUCUUCACCAACGACCAGUACUACGUUUACUUCGACACAGUCAGGGACUGCUAUGAGGCAUUUGUGAUUUACAACUUUCUGAGUCUGUGCUACGAAUAUCUGGGAGGAGAGAGUACCAUUAUGUCUGAGAUUCGAGGGAAAUCCAUUGAGUCGAGUUGUAUGUACGGCACCUGCUGCCUCAGAGGAAAGGCCUACUCCAUUGGCUUUCUCCGCUUCUGCAAGCAGGCCACGCUCCAGUUCUGUGUGGUCAAACCGCUCAUGGCCAUCAUCACCGUUAUCCUUCAGGCCUAUGGCAAAUACAAAGAUGGAGAUUUCAAUGUGGCUAGCGGUUACCUGUACGUGACCAUCAUCUACAACAUCUCUGUCAGCUUGUCCCUCUAUGCCCUAUUCCUGUUCUACUUCGCCACCAGGGAGCUGCUCAGCCCUUACAGCCCCAUGCUCAAGUUCUUCAUGGUCAAGUCGGUCAUCUUCCUCUCCUUCUGGCAGGGCAUGCUUCUGGCCAUCCUGGAAAAGUGCGGGGCCAUCCCUCAGAUCAACUCUGUGGAGGUGUCUGUCGGCGAAGGGACAGUUGCUGCCGGUUACCAGAACUUCAUCAUCUGCAUUGAGAUGUUUUUUGCAGCACUAGCCCUGCGACAUGCUUUCACCUACAAAGUAUACAUGGACAAAAGCCUCGAUCUGCAAGGACCUGCUCCUACGUAUGGACAGUUUGGACGCUGCGCCCCCAUGAAGAGCAUCUCCAGCAGCCUAAAGGAGACCAUGAACCCUGGGGACAUGGUCCAGGACGCCAUCCACAACUUCUCCCCAGCCUACCAGCAGUACACGCAGCAGGCCACUCUGGAGCAGGGGGCGCCGCAACCCGUUGGCCGCACCCACAGCACCAUUGGUACCCGAGGGGACACAGAGAAGACACUCUUGCUCAGCUCUGAUGAUGAAUUCUAGAGCAAAAAGAGAACAAGUCAUUUUGGUGUUAAACCACUAGGCUGUUUUGAGUCACUCUUGUACAUACUGAAUCAUACGUGACUUUAUUUUUGGCUCGGGUUGAAAUUGCAUAAUUUAGCCCGUCAUGUUUUCCUGUUUCACUGCAGUCAUGUUAUUUAAUUUAUUUUUGUUCUGGUUUUGGUUGGACUCAUGGCUCUGUUCAAACAUUUUAAUGCCAAAACUGGAAAAACCUGGAUGAGAUAAUUAAGUUUCUAACUCUGCCUUUCCUGGUUUAUGGUUGGAUUUUAAGGGACAGCAUUAGUAGCAACAAGGGAAGCAAUUUACAAACAGCAGUUGAUGUCGGUUUUACCGAUAUUGGUGAAGCCGAACAGAGCGAGGCAGAGCAGAUUCUAGAUUACACAGCACAUCUGCUCCAGCAGUGCAGUGAAGGGCAGCGGCAGCGCAGUCAGGCAGGAUUACACUGGUGUAAUUGGGGCGUUAUUUGUCCAACAGCCGGGAUUAAUGCCUGUGCUGGUUCACACAGGGCAUCAAACCUCCACAGACCACAAUGUAGGUUAACUGGAUUGAAGGGAAACAGCAGAGGAAUAUAGGUUAGAGCUAACAUCAAACUCCACUUUUCAACAUCAGAAUUAAAGCUCAGCUCUUUUCAGACACACAGGGUUUUCUCUACUGGUAUAAGACUGAGGCUUCACCAGCAACAAAACUGAAGAAACAGAAGAUCUCUGGGGAGAUUCCUCAAUCACUUUGGACAGAAAAGAUAUUAGCCUCAACAGAAUGUGUUUCUACAUGGAAAUAAGAUUUUUUUAAAGUAAAAAGUGUCUGUUAUUCACCAAGUCACAUAUUGAGUUUAUUGGUGAUCAUAUUCACUAUGCACUUCAUUGAGCUGUUCCCUAAAAUUUUACAAAAAUGUGCAGAUUUUAAAGAUUAAAGUAUCUGCAGCACCUCAGCCCAAAAAAUAAACCCAGAGGAAAUCCCAGGAUGCAUCUGAAUUCAGCUCUAUCUACUGAUAUUUAAAGAAAAAAAGAAAUGUAUAUUCACUAUAUAUGAAAAUAGAAAUAGAUAUAUAGUCAAUGAUGUAAGAGCUCACUGACUAAAAUUUGGAACUGAUCAGCGGUAAAAAUGAAACUGUGUUUUGAGACUUUAAAAUAACUACCAACACAAAAUUUUAACUCCUUUUCAUCUAACUCAAAGAAAUUACAGAUCAGUAAUAUUUCAACAACAUUUAUGGUGCCAGUUUUAACACUCAGAUGAAGGGAUUCUAAAUAAUGGCUACAGUAAAUGAAUAUUCUGUUCUCAUUCCAGUGUAUAUGACUAACAAAAAAAAAAGCAACUAAAAAGUACCUAAAAUCACCUGUUUUUUAUGGUUAGUUUGAGAUUCAGUUUCCAACAGUCAUUUCCAGCAGCGCCCAGAAUUUUAAGGCUGGUCCAUUGGUGGUUGUUUUUUUUUUCACUCCAAACUAUUAUAAUUAUUAUUAUUAUUAAAUUUAUAUUGGCUAAAAAACAAAAAAAACACCAUCAGUGAAGUUGCAUUAGGACCAUAAAAUAUAUAAUAUCAAUCAACCAUAGUCCAAUUAAAAAUUCAAUUUAUGUCAGUUCUGGUUCUGUUUUUAUUUCCUGAUUUUUACAGAGCCUCAGUAGAUUAGAGAAACCUGAACUGAAUAACAGGGUCAAACUAAGUAUGACUGUGUUUCUUAUUUUUGUUAUACUUUAGCUGAGAACCAUUUACUCUCCUGUUCUUCCAGUAAGUUUUUUUUUUUUUUUCUAUUUAUUUUCACUGCAGCCGGGUCUUUUUUUGGGGGGUCUUUUUUUUUUUAACACAUAAUUGGAGUUCUUGACUCAUCUGAAUGAGUCAUCCCAAGUCUGCUGACAUGUUUACUGUAACUUUCUCCUUUAGCUCUGUACAAACAGCAGGGGGAGGUGUGGAGACAACAGACAGACUGUUGGAUCUAAGCCCACAGGCUGCUAUCACACACUUAAAGCUCAGUGUGUUUGUAACACAAACAGAUAGUCUUUUGUGUUUGUCCUCAUUCUGUUGUUGCUGUGUGUCUGCUUUCAGAACCUCAGACAGUGGUCAUGGGUCAUGUUUUUUGUGUGCUUUUUUGUUUUGUUUUGUUUUUUUUUAGCUCUGGCCUUUCAUAAUAUUGGUUUAAAAUAAUAGAGAAGCCACGUCUGCGCAGGAGCAGUGGCCUAUUUUUAGAAAUCGCUGAGUAUCAUCUGGGUAAUUGGGUUGCUACAUUUCAAUGUGGAUACAAACUGCAUGAUUUUUUUUUCUGCCAUGACUGAGCUUUUUAUCCAGUCAGAAAACUAGGGCAGGCUACAGACUCGAAUGUGCUACUAUAGGUUUGAUCUUUUUGUGCCACAAGCCUGCAGAAAACGGUCCUCUUCAUGGUUCCUCAUUAGGGUGGAAAUGGUUAUCAAACAAAAACAUGCAACAUUUCUUAUUUUGUGUUGCAGCUGAUGAAGGCAUUAUUCUUUGCCUUAUUAUACAAGUAGACAGUACUGUAUGUGCGUGUCAGUGCAUUUCUAAUGCCAUAAUUCAUAUUCACUCUGAUGCACCCUGUAGCCUCUUUCUCCUCAUUGUUGCACUGUGGCGUAAAGACAUGCUGUAUGACUCAUGCUGUACAUAAAGCUUUAAGUGCUGUCUACAGCAGCAAAAUUAGUGUUGUAUGUUGAAAUAGUUGUAUAUGCUGUAAAGGGGAGAAAAAAGACUUAGUUUUGUAUUUUUACUCUGUCUUUUUUAUUUCAGGACUGUUUUUGACUGACUGUCUUUGUAUGCUGCAAAGCACCUCAUGAUGCUACUGUUUUGUCAAACUGAGAAAAACUUAUAAUAAAAGUUAUUUAGUCUGAUAUUUAAA